CCUAUAAAAAGGGCCAUAGAUCUCUCAAAUGUGAAAGAAAGGGAAAGAGACAGAGAGAGUCACAAAGAGAGAGAGAGAGAGAGAGAGAUGGGGAGGAGUCCAUGUUGCUCCAAGGAAGGACUCAAUAGAGGAGCAUGGACGGCCCUUGAAGAUAAGAUACUCACGGCUUACAUUAAAGCCCAUGGAGAAGGGAAAUGGAGAAACCUCCCCAAGAGAGCUGGUUUGAAGAGAUGUGGCAAGAGUUGUAGACUGAGAUGGCUGAACUAUCUGAGACCAGAUAUCAAGAGAGGAAACAUCUCUCAUGACGAAGAGGAGCUCAUCAUCAGACUCCACAAACUUCUUGGUAACAGAUGGUCUUUAAUAGCCGGAAGGCUUCCGGGGCGAACAGACAAUGAAAUCAAGAACUACUGGAACACCACUCUUGGCAAGAAAAUUGGAGCUCAACCAACAAACCAGUCUAGGCUGAAAAGCAAGCCACCCAUCGACCACAAGCCCACCGCAAUCGAGCCAGAGGCUGCACCAGCUCAGCCCCAAGUGAUCCGAACCAAGGCCACAAGAUGCACCAAGGUGCUUGUGCCAACAGACCCACCACCACGACUUAGUGAGCCUCGACCCAUUGACUCAACCACCCCACAAAAUCCUCUUCAGGCUCAGCCUCAACAAACCCACUCGGUGGCUCCUUGGGGCCCAACGGAUUUCACUCCUGACUAUGGCACCAUAACAAACUCUAAUCUCUUUAAUGAAGACUACAGUUACAGCAACCUUUUGGAGAAUGUCACUCCUUUCAAGUUUGAGGAUUGGGCUUCAAAUGACUGUCUCGAGAACAAUGCCGCUUUGGAUCUUGACUCUUUGGCAUUUUUACUUAACUCUGAGGAAUGGCCAUGAGAAGAAUAUGACACAACAACAAUCAACAACGACAUCGACAAAAGCAAAAAAAAUGUGAAUAGUUUAGAAAAGCCACGAGUUUGUGCAAAAAAAACAAUGUUGUUUCAUCCAUUAUAAACGUCCUCGUGCCUUAUAAAUAUGUUUGCCACUUGUAUUGUGUUGAGCGUAUAAUAAGACAUACAUUUUGAU